AUGUCAAGGAAGAGUCUUUCCCAGCAGCAAUGUGAUGUGACCGCUGUGGUCGGGGACACGGUGACCAUCCCACUGGGGGGGGGUCCACACCCUAGGGACCUCAAGAACCUGGUGUGGAAGCACGAAACCGGGACGGGAUCUUUGACGGCGUUCCGGAGGAGCGGAGGACGGGUCUCCAGAGGCACCGAACGAGAUGUGACCGGGGACGGAUCCCUCGUCCUGCGAGACGUCCAGAUGUCCCACUCAGGACAGUAUUCUGCUCGUGUGGCCAACACUGAUGGAGUUCGACCCGUGACGGUGACCCUGUGUGUGACGAAACCAGUCUAUGGACUACUGGGAGCAGACGUGGAACUGGACCCAGAUGUGAGCGAGACCCUUUUCGACAUCUCAUGGCAGAGAGGACGCUACAUUGUAGCCACGUGGAACAGGGAUAUUGCUGAACAUGAUUAUUAUGGCAGAUGUGAGACCGGCGAGCAGUGUGACCUGAAUAACUCUACUGGGGUGUUGGUAAUGAAAGGGUUAAAAGCAGAAGAUGAAGGACGGUACCUUGCUGAAAUCAACGGGAAAACGCCUCUAACGGGACUUGACCUGAUCCCACUGAAACCGGUGUCCAAACCCAAUGUGACCACGUCCUGCAACGAGACCCAGUGCAUCCUGACCUGUGUGGGCGAGGAGGCUAAACACACUAAAUACUCCUGGAAAGAAAAUGACAAAACUGUAAAGGAGGGAAACACCUUGACGGUGCAGAAGAGUGGAGAGCAGAGUAAAAGUUACACCUGUGUGUUCAGUAACCCUAAGAGUGAGGAGCACAGUGACCCUCUCACUGAGAUGGACUUAUUUCCAGAUCCUGUGUCCAAACCCAGUGUGACCACGUCCUGCAGUUGGACCCAGUGCAUCCUGACCUGUGUGGGAGAGGAGACUAAACACACCAAAUACUCCUGGAAAGAGAACAAUGAAACUGUAAAGGAGGGAAACACCUUGACGGUGCAGAAGAGUGGAGAGCAGAGUAAAAGUUACACCUGUGUGUUCAGUAACCCUAAGAGUGAGGAGCACAGUGACCCUCUCACUGAGAUGGACUUAUUUCCAGAUAACAAAGGUUAUGACAUGGACCAGGAGCCAGUGCUGGAGCGGCACUCGUUGACGAUGGACGGCUGGACAUAUGAGUACUUCGUUGCCAUACUGGUGGCAGCCGUGGCUGUGACUCUGCUCAUGAUGAUGCUUUAUUAUUGCAGAAGAUUUUACUUCAAACGUGAUGAUCGCCGGAGGACCUACAUGAAUUCAUUCUAUGAUGCGGAGUCCAGGGACACCAUAUACAAGGCAGAUGAGCCUCCUGGAAGCGCUACAGUGGACAGUGUCCCUCGAGAUCCGAACCCUCAGGAUCAGAUGAGACAAGGAGCUGCUGAUGCAGAUGGAGAAAAUCUUAUGACUUUAGUUUGAGCCCCGGUUGCUCUUUACAAGAACAAACCGUUUGCUCACGAAGUCCCAGGACAGAAGAGUUUGUGGGGCCGCAGUUUUCGGCUUCCUUUUUUGUUACUCCGUUGUUCACGUGUCACGGAAUUCUCAUGAUUUGGAGGACAACUGUUCAAAUGUGGUAAAAGCUGCGUGUGACUUUGUUUCUGUUUAUUGAUACUGUUGGUAUGAAUUUUAUGGCUGUUUGUUGCAUUCAGCACAGUAUGUGUUGUAAGCACAUUACUGUGGUACAACUGGACUUUACUGUAUUACGCAGCACACUGGAGCUGGUUACGCUUCAGUCACAUACUGGACGUGUUUUUACUAUCUUUGUGUGUUGAGGUCAUAGUUAUAGAAUGUCUGUUACAUAAACAUGGGGUGAACUUGAUCACCUUACACAUUAUAUACAUUUCAACUGAGUUCAUAUAAAUAAAUGCAAUCAAAGUUUA